CGGCGGCCACGUUGACAGGGCGGGAGCCGCGCCGGGCCCUGUAGUGCAGCGCGGGGCAGGCUGGGCGCCGGCCGUUGUUGCUCGUUGUCGGGGUGCGCGGUGCUGGAGCUGGGCCACAGUAAAAAUGUCUUCGCCUCCUAAAGAGAAAGCAGAGACGCGGGCCGGACACCCUCCUGCUGUGAAAGCUGGUGGGAUGCGGAUCGUGCAGAAGCACCCACAUAAUUCUGACGCCAAAGAAGAAAAAGAUAAGGAUGACCAAGACUGGGAAACCAGCAGCCCACCUAAACCAACGGUGUUCAUCUCUGGUGUCAUUGCUAGGGGCGAUAAAGACUUCCCUCCAGCUGCGGCUCAGGUGGCUCAUCAGAAACCACAUCCUUCUGUGGAAAAGCUUCCUCACCCACAACAUGUCAAACAGCACAUCCACCAGCCUCGCAAGUGAGCUCUCUAUGAAAAAUCUCAGCCAAACUGCCAUCGGUGAAUAAGUUUUUUUUCCAAGAGAAGACAAAAACCCGUUAGGAUUCACACUGUCAAAUCAGUAAAUUGAUCUCUAAAAUAAUAUGCUGGCUUUUUCACUUUAAUUCUCGAGAGUUAAGAAGAAUGUUCAGUUGACUGGUUGUUAUCCCAGAUGGAAAAAUCUCUUUUAAGUAUUUGUCGAUCAGGGGUGGGGUUUUUAUAAGAUUUUCUUAUUGCCAAGAUAAAACUUCAGUGUGAAUGAUACGAUUAAUGAGCUUAGAACUUGUACUUUUAGCUGUGGCAUUGCAAUAGCAGAUAGUUAUGUAGCUUUUGUGCUGAGGCGGCGAGGAAGAAUAGCCCUUUUGUACUGGUACCUUUAUUAUCUGGAGGGAGUUUUGUUGUGUGUGCUGAGACAGAAACUGGUGGUUGUUUUAAUUCUACAGAACCCUUGCACUCUUCAGUAUCCUGCAAUGUUACAUCCCAGUGACUGUGCCCUCUGAUUUCAACUAGUCAGAUGAUAAAAGGCCCAAAAACAUUCCCAAAUGGGCAGAAAUCCAGAUGAAUCUUCUUUACACCCCUUUCUGAGGUUCUUCCAUUUGGAAGUCUGUAGAUACGAGAGGGGAGAGAAAUCAGAGUUACCAGAACACUGCUGCUGUAGACAACUGAUUUAUGAUCUCACAGAUCUCACUGGGGAAUGUAUUUUUAUGAGGUGAUGACUUCUCAGUUCCAAUAACAAGCUGAAGGAACUUGGGACCCUCUAAAAUUGAACUUAAACUGGUGAAAAAUCUGUUUCCUUUUUUAACUUACAAUUUGAGAUAAUUGCUUGAAAUUAAGAGAUGGCAUUAGUGAAUGUGUUUAACUUUAUGACCCAACCUCCGUUGUGCACCAUAUUUUUUCCUAGUCCUAUUACUGUGAACAAGGACAGUAGUGAUAUGAGGAAAUUAGAAAGUUACUUUUCAAAUAGAGCAAUCGGAUUAGCUUUGGCCACAUAAUUAAAUCUUUUGAUUGCGCAGUUCAAAGUCGCUUAGCUCUGUCGUUUUCUUAUGCAACUCAUCUCUGUAAAAGCCAGGAAAGAAAAUUUUAAACAUUCCACCUACAUUUUUCAAGUGUACUUCUAUUUUUAACUGACUGUAUAUACAGUACAGCUUUUAGUACCCUCUAGGCUUAUAAAACUUGUAAUAAUGUCCAAAAAAAAAGUGGAUACCAGAACUAGUGCUGCAAACGUUAACCUGGUAAACUGGUGAAGGUUUGGGGUCACUUAGGGCUUUGCUAGUUCAUUUAUGUUGGAGGUCAAGUAGUAUAGAAAACCAAUGAGGAGAGGUUUUAAACUACUCUCUUUCAAAAUUUCGACAGAUUAAAUAAUUAUUCCCCGAGCAGCUGAUUGAAACCAACAAAAAAUGUGUGAAAUACAGCCCAUUUGCAACAGACCAACUCACUUCAUGUGGGUCAGAGGGACCUGACUUUUCCAUGUCUUUGUAGACUUGAAAUGGAAAUGAUGUUUUACAAAGGAUGUGCAUGGUUCUAUUUAUUCUACACCCAAGGAAGGAUGUACAAUCUGUAUAUGCAGCCCUUAUUUUUUCAGUUUGAGUAGAUAACAGUACUUGCCUUAAGGAACAAGCAUUGUUUAUAAGAGUUAAUUCUCUUAGAACAGGCACCAUUUUAGAAACACGUUUUCUGUUUCUUGUAUCGGUACAUUUGGGGCCUUGCUUUUGAGUGUGCAUAUGACUCACACAUGAGUAACUCAUUCAUAAAGGUAGCAUUGUGGAGUAGGUGCAGGAGGUAAUUCAUUGGCAGAUUCGGGAGGGAAAGCGGUGGCGUGUCACGGAUGGUGCUGCUGGUAGCUGUCAGGGUGCUGUGUCAGCAGCGAAGAUCAUCGCAGUCACUUGCUACCAGGAGCUGCUGGCUUGAGAGUUAGCUGGGUGGGAUUUAGCUCUCCUAGGUGUGUGUCUACGUCUGAAGUAGUGUCUAGACUCAACCUGUAAUUGAUGGUGAUGUAGGCAAGACAGUUGGGAGAGUUUUAAGUAUGGCAUCUUUGGCCAAAUGGAAGUGUCUUUCAGCAUGAGCUGGAUCACUCCCAACUCCAUCAACUGCAGUGGAAAAGAAAAUGUACCUCACUGUGGAAACACAUGAUUAGUUGGGGCUGUGUACCUCUACUCUUUGUCUAGAAACAGCUGGUAGAAAUGCUUGUGAAAGCAACACCACAUUUCCAUUCUAAUACUAAAGGUUAUGAACAUGGAUCCUUUUGAAUUAGGAACUCCUGCUUCUGGUUGUUAAUGCAAUAUAUACAGCAUAUAAAGACAAUACAAUAUAUAGACAAGAUUUUGUCUUUAGAUAGAUAUGUAAGUUUGUACAAAGGACUACAACUCUGAAGAUAUCUUUAGUGGCUUUUAGAGUGCAGGAAUUCUUAGAUGGUUAGAAAAUGUCUCUAUAUGAAAGCAUAUUAUAUGUUGUUGGGAAGUAUCCAUGUUUAUUCAUAGGUGUCCUUGCCAAGGCGUUACCUUGCCCAAAAUAAAGAAUUAUAACUGGU